AUGCAAUUAAUUUAUAAUUUCAUUGAAGGCAGCUGUACUCGGCAUGCAGUAUUGGAAAAAAUUGCCAACUUAACAAACACAAAGUUAAAAACUUUAAAAUCAAUUUCUACCACAAGGUGGGCUUGCCGCUCAGAAGCUAUUAGUGCAGUAAAAGAAAAUUAUUCGUCAAUAUUAGCAGCAAUUGAAGAAAUUAUUGAUAAUACAAAACAAUCAGAUGUUCGAGCAAAAGGCAAGGGAAUUCUCCAUCAGAUGAAAACGUUUGAAUUUAUCUUUGCCAUGUUGAUGUUAGAUCCUAUUCUUUCUUCAAUAUUAAAAACAAGUGCUUUUUUACAGUCACCUAACAUAAACUUAUUAACUGCUGUAGAAAUCGUUGAGUCAUUAAAAAAAUUACUUGUUUCUAUGAGAAAUACUGAAGACGAUUUCACAGAUAUUUAUCAUAAAACCAUUCAAAUGUGUAAAAAUUAUGAUAUUGAAAUUCCACAACUGAAAAAAAGAAAAGUGUCAACCAAAAUUGACUGCUUGAGUAGUACACAGCACUAUAUGUCUUCAAAAGAAGAAGAAAUGAAGGUUUCUGUAUACUAUUCAACAUUGGACCAUAUGAUUAGUGGAAUUAAUAUUAGAUUUAACCAAGAAACAAUGAAUAUGAUUCAAAGCAUUGGAAAUUUAUUAGUUUUAAAUAUAAAUAGCAACGACAUUUCAGUCUUGUCCACAGCAUUUGAUUUAAAUUCUGAUAUGUUGAAAACAGAAAUUAAUCUUCUUAAACAUACAGAUAAUAUACCGAAAGGCGAGAAGAAUAAAUGUGGUGAUUGGAUAAAUUGGCUGACACAAUCCAACUGUGGAAGGGAAACUAUAUUUUGUAAUGUUAUUAAAGCAUUGAAAACAUUUAUGAUUAUACCAGUAACGAGCUGUGCUUGCGAGCGUUCAUUUUCUAAACUUAGUAUUGUGAAAACCAAGCUACGCAGCACCAUGACACAGGAUCGAUUGGACGGCCUGCUUACUAUAUUCAUUGAGCAAGAACUUGCUUAUAAUAUAAAAAUUGAUGAUGUAAUUGAUACAUUCAAAAACCUUACUCCCGUGGACAGAAGGAUGGAGUUGUAA